AUGCCAAAAAACACUCGGUCAAAAACAAAUCUGUGACGUGGCUCGAGAUCGCGGCGAGCACGCCGAGUAUAACACUUACUGCAGAAUUUAGUUUAACAGAACGAGUUGCCAACACGACGGGACAACAAAAUCUGCUGUCAAAAAUCUUGACCUCGGCCCAAGAUAAAAACGUUGUUCUACGCCAGGUACCGUAGUUAUGGGGUAAAAAACCUGGAUGAUCGAGAAAAGGAUAUUCCCACGUCACCAGAGAAAUAUAAGCUCUGCGUCGUCGUGAACGAUCCACGCAGGGAAGCAGUGCUGCGACUGCCACGCCACAAACUUGGUUACACCAGAAUAAAUUUGCAGAAUGUCUUCGGACCCUGAUGUCAGUGUCGCACUCAAGCAGAAAGACUGUCGAAACGUUCUCGUUCGAGCAGAUAUCGACUUGAACAAAAUCCUGGAGGGAAUUUUGACAGCUGGUUCGCGCCAAGAAAUGGAUUCUUUGCUAGCAUCGUCGCGGAGAAUAUUUUCCUUGGCAGAACAGCAUUUAGAGAUGAUGGAGUCUCUUCUAUCACAAAUAUCCAGCCCGAAAGAAAAAGAUACUCUGAAAACCGAAGCCGAACAAAGGGCCAAGCAGUUUAAAACAUUGCAGGCGGAAAUAAGGUCUGCUGUGGUCCAAAGACUGGCUGCGCUUGAUAAACAACAACGUUCCGAGUUGCUGGACGAAUCAGGAGGAACGAAUCCUUCCAACAGCAAAAAUUCGUCAGAUGCCAAGAAUAAUCCCGGCGUCAGGAACUACAUGACGCAGGCGGAAAUGGCCACCGCUAGCUCGCAGGGCACCGAAGAUCUUGUGCGUAUAAGAAGGAAUUUGGUUCGGCAAGUGGAACAAAGUGGAGAAUCAAUCCAGACCCUCGCCACUUCAUCGGAGACGCUUGGAAAAAUCAACGAUGAAUAUCAGAGUAUGGGUUCGACAAUUCAGCAGGGUGGACGGCUCAUUGAUAAAUAUGGACGGCGGCAGUUUACGGAUAAAAUUUUGAUCACAUUAGGUUUCGCAUUUUUCUUUUUGGUAUGCGCAUACAUAGUGAAUAAACGUUUGUUUGGAGGAUUUAACUGGUUCACGUUUUUCCUGGAGUUUUUCUUCCCCAGCAACGCCAUACCGGAAAUGGAACGGAAAGUACGUAAGGAACUGUAACAAAGGCUUUUUUGCUUUGCUACUGGUAAGUUAAAAAGCUGGUAACUGUUUUGCUUUACUAUCUGUUCUUUUCCACCUUGGAAUUUUUUGGAACCGUCAGUAUCAAUAAAAAUGAAUAAAUUCAGCGCACUGUACUUCGGAGUUACAUAUUAUAGUUUGCAUCUAUUCUACUAGAACAUGCUGAAGUAUUUCUUUGUCAAAAAUUCUCAUUUCCCUUUCUCAUUUCCAUCCAGUUUGGUACGAAAACCGAUCUCUUGUCGACGGCAACCAAACUACUUAAGACUAGAAACGCAAAUUUCACAGACAAUUUUGAGUCAGAAUUCAGUGUCUUCACAACCUUCCAAAUUUUCCGAUCAUUUCUUGGCAAAUAUCCCAUAAUUUCUCAGCACAUCGAGUAUCAUCUGCCACUUUGAUAGGAUCGCAUAACCAACAAUUAUUCCAGUAUUUCCCGCCUAUUCUAGCCAGUUCCGGUGCAGCGGCGCAGUAGGCUGUAGUUGCCGCUCCUUGUUCCAAACUUUUAGUGAAGGGCCGUACCAAUCCGAAAGCUAGCCUCCACACCCACCAAGACCGACUAAGGCCGGUAUU